GAGCCCGCGUGAGGCCGCGGGGGCGUCCCCGGCGCCUUCCUGCUCUGCCCUUAUAUGGUAACCCGGGGGCCGGGCCAGGCUACUUAAGGCCGGGCUGCCGAGGGCGCCGCCAGAGCCAACGGGACUGGGACGGCGGGGCCUCGCGCAGAGCAGGGGUAGCAGGAGGAGUGGGGACGCAGAGAAGGAGCGCAGGAAGAGGCCGGCGCCAUGGGGCUGGAAGAGGCGCGCGAGCUGGAGUGCGCGGCGCUGGGGGCGCUGCUGCGGGAGCCGCGGGAGGCCGAGCGCACGCUGCUGCUCGACUGCCGCCCCUUCCUGGCCUUCUGCCGGCGCCACGUGCGCACCGCGCGGCCGGUGCCCUGGAACACCAUGCUGCGGCGCCGCGCUCGCGGCCCCCCGGCCGCUGCCCUCGCCUGUCUGCUGCCGGAUCGCGCGCUGCGGGCGCGCCUGGCCCGCGGGGAGCUGGCGCGGGCCGUGGUGCUGGACCAGGCCAGUGCCUCGCUUGCCACAUUGCCACACGAUUGCCCUGCCCGGGUGCUGCUGGCUGCGCUGCUGCACGAGACCCACGCCGGGCCCACCACUGUGUGCUUCCUUCGAGGAGGCUUCGAUGCCUUCCAGGCCUGCUGUCCCGACCUGUGCUCCGAGUCCCCUGCCCCAGCGAUGCCUCCUGUUGGGGCAGAAAGCAGCCGCUCAGACCCCAGGGUUCCCUUCUAUGACCAGGGUGGCCCUGUGGAGAUCUUGCCCUACCUCUUCCUGGGCAGCUGCAGCCACUCAUCGGAUCUGCAGGGCCUGCAGGCCUGUGGCAUCACCGCUGUCCUCAACGUCUCCGCCAGCUGCCCCAACCACUUCGAGGGCCUUCUGCGCUACAAGAGCAUCCCGGUGGAGGACAACCAGAUGGUGGAGAUCAGUGCCUGGUUUCAGGAGGCCAUAGGCUUCAUCGAUUCUGUGAAGAACAGUGGGGGCCGGGUGCUGGUGCACUGCCAGGCGGGCAUCUCCCGCUCUGCCACCAUCUGCCUGGCAUACCUGAUACAGAGCCACCGCGUGCGGCUGGAUGAGGCCUUUGACUUCGUUAAGCAACGCCGGGGGGUCAUCUCCCCCAAUUUCAGUUUCAUGGGGCAGCUGCUACAGUUUGAGACUCAGGUGCUAUGUCACUGAGGUGCACACAGCUGUGGUUCCAGGGGAGCUGACCUGGGACAGCUAGGCUGUCCUUGGGGGCCCCGCACCCCCCUCACCUCAGGGAGAACUGCCCCUUCCUCGGAGUUUGGAAAGCUCCCAGGUAGGGGCGCUGGAAGUACAGGAAUGCUGGACUCUCACCUGGUGCUCUUCUGCUAGGGGUCUGAGGGCUGGCCCUCAUCUGGGGACAAGAGUGAGGGUUUGUCUACUUCCCUCCUCCCCCAUCCUCUGGCAGAAACUAACUGGACUUUACACCCAUGGACCCAGUGGCCCCACCACUGUGUUGAAGCCCUUGGCAGCCUGAGAGCCCAAGGGACAAGCUGUGACAACCAGGAGCCCCAUCUAGGGUGGCGCACCCCAGGGCCUGGAGCCUGAGCCCCCUGCUCCUAAGGAGCUGGGCUUGGAGAACAGACGUGCCCCUUGUGUGGACCUCUUGCUUGCGUGUGUGUAUUUGAGCAUUUCACGCCCUGUUGGCGCUGGAAAGUUAUUUGUGUUCAACUGAUAUUUAACACUCCCUCCCCUACUUCCUCCCGCCCCGUGGGCGGGGGUUGGAAACUUAGCACUUUAUAUUUAUACAGAACCUUGAGAAUAUGCCAAUAAAAUAUUGUUUUGUUUAAAAAAACAACUUCGCAAGCAUCUGGUCUUAAGUCAGUGUCUGGGGAAAUGUUCAAAAGCUGUUUCUUACUCAGGGCUCACCUUUCCUUGGCAAGGCACACCUCAGUGGGGCAGUGGAGGUUUAUUUUUGGAGAUUUGGGCAAUUUGGUUGUUUUUAUUUAUAUAUUAACUUGGCAGUGUAGUUGGAUGGUUAGGGGCCAGUUUGGCCUCACCUCGCUGUGUUUCUGUUUCCUUGUCUGUUAAAUGGAUUUAUUGUUAGUCCCCACCUGUUAGGGUGGCGUUGAGACUUACACAAGUGAAUUGUGUAAAGCUCCUGCACCUGUGCAUAGUAGGUGAUCAGGAAGUGUGAGCUCCUGGUGGCCCAAGAGGCAAAGGUUUUCAGGUGUGCAGUUGUGCCUCUCAACCAAGCUGGAUGCCUACGAGGGUGGGGCCUACGGUUUGCUCAGCCUUGUGCCCAGAAUCUGGCACAGAUGGGCACUCACUCCACAAGGCAGCAUGUGGGUGAACAGCCUGCCCCUGGUGCCUUGUUUGCUCUGUUCCCUGGUGAGAACCGCAGAGCUGGGAUGGCUAUCAGGGCUUCCUCAGGCCCUGAGUGGGCUUCCGUUUGGACCUGCCCAGAAUGCCAUGCCCAUUUGGGAUGGUGGGGGCAGCUGGGGCCCUGAGUCACCCGGCCUUCCCCUCACACAGCCCCACCUCACACACAGCAGGACU